ACAAGUACCUUUCUCAUACCACCUGUGUUCACUACCCAGAGGAUGACCAUGGGGACAACACAGACACCCACAUGGGUGUUAAUAUGGAUGGCUCUGGCGAUUGGUUUAACUGCCUCUCAAAGUGAGGAUACAUCAAAGGCCACAGUUAACAUCAUCCCCUCAAUGUCAAGGAUGCCUGAGAUUGCAGGAGUGAGUCCUAUACAUAAUGGCCAGGUCUGCAGCACAUGGGGUAACUACCACUUCAAGACCUUUGACGGAGACAUCUUUCAGCUCCCCUCCACCUGCAACUAUGUUGUGACCUCACUGUGCCAUAGCAGUUAUGAGGAUUUCAACAUCCAGAUGAGGCGGCAGGUGGUGGACAACCAGCCCACCAUUAGCAAGAUCACCAUGAAGCUGGAUGGCGCAGUGGUGGAGCUAUCCAAGGGUUCCGUUGUUGUUAAUGGGAAGAAUGCCACCUUACCAUUCAGCCAGUCUGGUAUUCUCAUUGAAGAGACUCCCUCCUACAUCAAGAUCAAAGCAAAACUGGGAUUGGUAGCCAUCUGGAACCAGGAGGAUUCCUUCUUGGUGGAGAUGGACAUCAAAUUCAGAAAUAAGACCUGUGGUCUAUGUGGAGAUUUUAAUGGAGUUCAACAAUUUGAUGAGUUCUAUAGCCAUGGUAUGAAAUUGUCCCCUGUCGACUUCGGAAACUUCUGGAAAUUGGAUGGUCCAACUGAAAGCUGUACUGAAAAUACACUGCCUUCGAAUCAUAAAUGCCCCAAUCUGAAACCAGUUUGUGAGCAGUUGCUCUCCGGUCCUGCCUUCAGCAGCUGUAAGGACUUGUUGGCCAUCGACUCAUUUGUUGAGGCCUGUGUAUCUGACCUGUGCCACUGUGAUAACAGCACCAACUCCUUCUGCCUGUGCAACACCAUCUCAGAGUACUCCCGCCAGUGUGUUCAUGCAGGCGGGAAGCCACAACAAUGGAGGACUGAACAGUUCUGCUAUAAGACAUGCCCCUUCAACAUGGAGUACCAGGAGUGUGGAAGCCCCUGUGUUGACACCUGCUCCAACCCUGAGAGAGGCCAGUUGUGUGAGGAACACUGCUCAGAUGGCUGCUUUUGUCCUCCAGGAACCGUUUUUGAUGACGUCAACAAGAAUGGUUGUAUCGCCUUGAGUCAAUGCUCCUGCCGCCACAAUGGAAAAACCUACGCACCCGGAGAGUCUUAUUCAAGCACUUGUAAAGAUUGCUCCUGUGGUGGUGGUCAGUGGAAGUGUGUGGACAAGGACUGUCCUGGCACCUGUGCUGUGGAGGGAGGAUCCCACAUCAACACCUAUGAUGGAAAAGCAUACACCUUUCAUGGGGACUGCUCUUAUGUUCUGACCAAGGACUGUGAUGGGAUGCAAUUUACUGUACUGGGUGAUCUGGUGCAGUGUGGGCUUUCUGACAGUGAGACUUGUCUAAAGGCUGUUACCCUGUCCCUCUCAGAAGGAGCCACUGUGAUCAACAUACAACCCAAUGGAAAAGCCUUUGUAAAUGGAAUCUAUUCUCAGCUGCCCUUUUCUGUUGCUGGAGUAACUAUUUUCAGAGCCUCCUCAUUUUUCAUCAUCGUCCAGACCACCUUUGGCCUCCAGUUGGAAAUCCAACUCUCACCAAUCAUGCAGGUCUAUAUUGCUGCAAGCACCGUUUGGCAACAGAGAACUUGCGGUCUUUGUGGAAACUUCAACAACAACCAAGGAGAUGAUUUCAAGGUCCUGAGUGGAGUGACUGAGGGCACAGCCAUUGGUUUUGCAAACACCUGGAAAACACGAGCCAGCUGCCCUGACAUCAAGAGUAGCUUUGAAAGCCCCUGCAGUUUAAGUCUUGACAAUGAGAAGUAUGCCCAGCACUGGUGCUCUCAGCUGGCUGAUCCUAAAGGGUUGUUUGCUCCAUGCCACGCAGCGAUAAGCCCAGACAUGUACAAAGACAACUGCAUGUAUGACAGCUGUAACUGUGAGAAGAGUGAGGACUGCAUGUGUGCUGCCGUCUCCUCUUAUGUCCACGCUUGUGCUGCCGAGGGUAUCCAGCUCAGCGGCUGGAGAGACACUAUCUGCAACAAAUACUCCACCUCGUGCCCUAGCACCAUGGUCUACAGCUACAGCAUAAAAAACAGUGAUCGCUCCUGCCGCUGCUACAGCGACUCUGACUUUACCUGUUCAAUCACCUUCGAGUCUGUGGAUGGGUGUGUCUGUUCUGAGGGAACCUACCUGGAUGAUGAGGGCAAGUGUGUUCCACCAGCCAGCUGCCCUUGUUAUUACAAGGGCUCAGUGGUGUCCCCUGGAGAGGUCAUCAGCAAGGAUGGAACCAUGUGCACCUGCAAGGAGGGCAAACUCCAUUGUAUUGGAGAUUCAUCUGAUCAUCCAUCAUGUGUUGCACCAAUGGUUUUCUUCAACUGCUCCAAUGCAAGCCCAGGAGUGAGAGGGUUAGAGUGUCAGAAGAGCUGCAAUAUUCUGGAUAUGGCCUGUGUAGGUCCCCUAUUUACUUCGUCUCCAGACCGUUCCACACAGCGGAUAUAAACCUGUGUACAAAACAUUAAGAACACCUUCCUAAUAUUGAUAUUAAUACACAAUCUGUCUCAAUUGUCUCAUGGCUUGAAAAUCCUUCUUUAACCUGUCUCCUCC